UUUUGUUUUUGUUUGUUUGUUAUUUUGUGUCGUUCUGAUAUUCGGUUUUCCAUGACUUCCAUCUUUGGUUAGUUCAACGGUAGCAGCACAUUCUCUUACAUUCUUCUUUCGGUUCCACUCCAACAACCAGACAUGGCAAACAGGCACACCAUUAUUUUGAUGCAAACUUCACAGAGCAGAGCAACCAGAACAUUUAUGGAUUAUGAUUCCAUAAGUCAAGCUAUGGAUGGGAUAUGUGGACUAUAUGAAAGGAAACUUAAGGAUCUAAAUCCAGCUACAGGAAACAUCACUUACGAUAUUGCUGAUCUUUACAAUUUUAUUGAUGGCCUUGCAGAUAUGAGCGCCCUUGUCUAUGAUCACAGGAUUCAAGCUUUUUUGCCUAACGACAGGCAAUGGAUUAAACAGAAACUAUUUCAACACCUGAAGAAGUUGGCACAUUAAAUAAAUCCUGUUCACUGAAAGUAAUAGAAAAAAAAAAUGUGCAUCAAAGUGCAAAAGACCUCAUAUCAUAUCUGAUAAUUGUGCUUUUAUUAUACCUCCUAACUUUUGCACACAUAUUUUUGAGUACCCAUUGCAGCUUUGUCCAGAGUUUCAGAUGAAAUACCACAGGUUUUGUGUGGUCAGUGUUGUACUCUAAGCAAAGUUACUGGUAAUUUUGUCUAGAAAGCUUGACCUUUACUAUAAUCAUAUACUAUUUGGUUGAGUGGUUGGUAUUUGAUGGUAAUUUCAUGUCAAAAGCUCAAGUCUUGAUAAUCAAGCAAAGGAAAAUUAUAUUCCUUUUCAAUACAAAUUCAACCCAGAGAUUAAA